AGAGAGAGAGAGAGAGGCGGGGAUCGACGGAGCAGGAGCGAAACGAAAAAUCCGUCUUCGGCAAUAAGCGUCAAGAUCAGUCCCGGUUCCAAUCUGAAGCUGUUUAUACGGACACGUUUGGCACGGCGAUCUUUUCUGCAAAAGUAACGGUUUUAGAGGCAGGUCGAGCGGAAGCGAGAUGUUUUUGUAUAAGGGUUAGAAGUGGAACUUGUGUAGGCGAAGUCUUGGGCGUAUCUCCACUUUUGUUCAUAUAUUGUCGAAGUGAAAAACCGCCGAGGCUGAGCGCGUCUGAUCUUCCCCGCGCGCUCCGGUGCUGAUGAGGGCUUCGUCGGCGUGAUCCGCGCGCGAUGGCCGCUUCGGGCGGACAGAAGAGUGAGAAGUUAGAUGAAGCUCAGGCUCUGGCGAGGAGUUGCGCAGGGCGACCGGACUUUCUGCCCUGCGACGGACUAUCCAUCUGCGCCACUCACAGUCACGGGAAGUGCUUCAAGCUGCACUGGUGCUGUCAUCUGGGCUGGUGCCACUGUAAAUAUGUCUAUCAGCCCAUGACCAGUGUAUGCCAACUCCCCAGCACGCCGGUGCCAGUUGCCCCCUCAGGUCACACUCACACCAUGAACCUGUCCAUCUCCUUGGCUGAGCGCUUUCUCAGGACGGCCCCCAAAUUCCAAGCUCCACCCUGCCCAGAGUCACCCAAGUUCUGCGUCAUCUCUGAGCUCUUUGUGGAUGAUUACAUGGUGAAACGUAUCAAUGGUAAGAUGUGUUACGUGCAAAGGCCGCCUCCCCCAACAACAAAUUCCACACACCAAUCCCAAACGCCGCCACCUCAACCGGCACCCCAGCGUACCAACAAGCACACAAGGCAAGCGGGCCCAACUAUUAAACACGGCCAACCAAACGAGAAGAUCUCAGGCCCUAAAAUGGACCACUGCUCUUCCCCCUCCAGCUCUGAAGACUCUGGAAUCAAUGCAUUGGGUUUGCACUACAUGGAGUCGUGCGAUGAGGACUCCUGCGUAGAUGAUGACGACGAGGAAGAAGAGGAUGAUGAGCUGAGUACCGAUGGGGACUCCAGUCCCGGUAGCCUUUGGGAUCAGGAUGAGUGCACUUUACUGUCACCGUCCAAAUCGAUGGUUGAGAUCAUUGAGAAGAUCGAGACAACGGUUUGACGUGUCUGGCGGUUGAUACAGUUGGAAUUCCUCAGUCUCGGAAACACUUCCCUACACUAUCCUAUAUGCAGGUGCAUGAGUUCAGUGAGCCAGUGCAAGCACAUGCUCCCUGUUAUGGCAGCGCCAUCCGAGGUUGUCCCAGAAGAGCCCUGGAGAGAUGAGUCAUGGCAACUUUUCUCUUGUACUUACGACAAUUCAUUUUCCCUAUAGUCCCUUACGCAUGGUGAGGCUAAUGUAGGUUACACGCAAAUGCGCGCUCUGACAAACACAUAUCGUGAGAACUUUGACCAAAUGGGACUCGAUACAUGAUAGAACGCUUCAUGGAUGAACAGAUGUAAGAAAGUCAACCCGAAAAAAAAAGAGGCUAUGUCUCUCCUUAGAGAGCUCAGACACAAUCUGUCCAAUGCAUAGAAAUGGAAGAGGGGAUGGCUGAUGCAAUAUGGAGAGAUCUAGACUAAGAUGCUCUGUGUGUGGUAGGAGGAUGGAGAGUGCUACAAAGAUAGGAGAUAGUGGGAGAACGAGCGAGGAGAGAGAGAGAGAGUCUUUCAACGUCCUGUUAGCAGAAUCAGUCAGAACAGUGGCUAAAUCAUGCAUGAGCUCAGAGGACGGUAACGAAACUUUGCAAUGAAAAGAGAUCGAGGCUCGUGCUUGAGGGAAUGCCUCUUUUCUCAAACUCUCUCACACGCUGAGAUUCCCUAGAGGCACAGCCAAGGGUACAUUACCAGACGUUUCUUGUCUGGCACCAGACUGUGGGGCGGACCAAUCCUCCCAUCAUCACAGUCCUUAAAGUUCUUUAGGAGUGGAAAGCAACUUUUGACAAUCAGUUAGGUUUAAAAUAAAUUCUGCAGAAGAGUUAAGGAAUAAAAUCGCAUUGUUCGUCCCUCAAGAAUCCCGUCGUGAUCUAUGUUCCAUUUUGUCAAGCCACUUUCUCAAAGCCAGAGAAUUGCAUAGGGGCCAUUUACACAAGAUGCACUUUUGUGUCCUGUUUUUAAUUGUUGAUCUACACAACUGUGCUGGACAGAUGCUAUUGCUGCUUGAUGUUUUUCUCACAGCUGCACUUUUAAGAGUUCACCCAAGCAUUACAUACAAUUCUGUCAUAAUUUACUGCCUGUCACGUCAUCACAAAACUGUAUGAUUUUCUUCUGUGAAAGUUUUUGAGUUUUUGAAUUUGGAAGAUGCUUUUUUGCAAAACAACUAAAACUGGAUUCAAGGUAUAUAUGAUAUCAUAUAUACGUUGUAUCAAACCCAUAACCUUGAUAUUGCCUGUAGCAUGCCUGAGGUAAAGGAAUGCUAUAAACCAGCGUUCAGGUCAUUUCUGCUGCCCCUGUCUAGCUGUAUUUAACGCAAGAAUGCAUCCUGUGUGAAGGGCCCCUUAAUGUCACUUUGAGAUCUUUGAGAUCUUCACUAGCUGCAACAGUUUCAGGGUUUUUUUCAGGUUUUAAAAACAUUUGGCCUAUUUAGAGUUGCUGGAAAAUUUUGUUGCAUUCAAACUUAUAUUAUUAUAUUAAGACCACACCUCCAAAUACCCAAACACAGUUAUAGACUGGCCCAAAAUGUAAAAGAAAAAAAGAAUAGCAUGUCAAGAAAUGUUUCCUUGCCUUGGUUUAAGCACAGAAAUCAUUGCUAUCUCUGCUGAGGUGGAAUACAGUCCUAAAUGAAAUAUCAAAGUCGCACAGGGAUUUGACAAAUGUCUUGCUCUACAUUUUUAAAGGGAUUACAACUUAACCAAAAAAUUGAAAGUUGUGACAACAAAUUUGCUAAUUAGUCGACUACGAGCUGAGACUGCCAAGGAUGUACCGACUGGAUGAAAACCAAGUGAACCCUUUUAAUGAUCCAACCUCGUUUAUUUCAAGCAUUGGCUCAAAGAUGUUGUAGUAGCUUGCUGUUUGCCAAACCCAUGUAAUAUAUAAGCACAUAUGUAACUUCACUGCCUGGACAAAAAUACAAAUUUUGGAGUUCCUCUGAACACAGAAGUAUGAUCCGUAGAUGGUACAGGUGCGAUUCUCUCCCUCUUUACUGAAUGAAUGAAUAUAACUAUCCCUGUCUCUGCAGUUUUCAUAUCAGGGACUGAUGCUGUAGCUACAAAUAUAUACUGUAGACACACAAAUAUUAAAAUAUACCCUUAUUUCUUUUCCUUUUUUUUCUUAUAUCAACUAUUGUUAACUCACUUCUUAUAAAGAAAUUUCGAAAAUAAAAAA